CCCCUUCUUUUCGACUGCACUUUUUUUUCCCCUCUGAGGUGCUGUCCGCCAGCCGCCACAGUGGCCGCCCGGCGAUGAACGGCGGGGCCCUGCUGCCGCUGCCCCCUCCUGCCUCUGCUCCCCCAACCCGCCGUCGGUCCGCGUCCCCCGAGCUGCUGCGCUGCAAACGCCGCUUGGCCUUCGCCGCUCUGCCAGCCACCGGUGCAGCAGCGGCGGCGGCGGCCGCCGUGGCCCGUCGGAACGAGAGGGAACGCAACAGAGUGCGGUUGGUCAACAUGGGCUUCGCCGCCCUCCGCCAGCACGUCCCCCACGGGGCCGCCAGCAAGAAGAUGAGCAAGGUGGAGACCCUGCGCUCCGCCGUCGAGUACAUCCGCGCCUUACAGCGGCUCCUCGACGAGCACGACGCCACCGCCGCCGCCUUCCCCACCGCCGUCGGGGAAGGAGGCGGCGGCGGCUACUGCUCGACUUCGCCUUCCUUCGCCUCCUCCGUGCCCGGCUCGCCGUGCUCCUCCGAGGAGAGCGGCUACGACGCGGUGCUCAGCCCCGAGGAGCGGGAGCUGCUAGACUUCACCAGCUGGCUGGGGAGCUGCUGACCCGGCGGGAGCCCGCAGGUAACCUCAGCGCACUCCCUCUCCACAGCAGCCGGCAUCACCCCCUCUCCCUGCUAAAAAAACGCUCACCCCCCCCCCCCCCCGACCCCGGCGGGACCCGGCUGGCUGCGCUUCUCGCCGGGCUGUGGCAAGUGCAAUGGUGCGAAGGAGACCGAGAGAGGAGGGAGGCUCCGUUUCCCCCAUUCCCGGUGCUGCUCUGGAGAGGUGGAAAGAACGAAAGGGAAAAAAGAAAGACAUGAAAACCACUUGAUGCUUCCUUGUUUCUGGAGGGGGAAGGAUUUUUUUUAUCAUGUCAAAUUCUAUUUUAUCUGUAACUUGAACUGCCUGUGUAUGAAGACUUAUUUUUGUACAAGAAACCUUAGAGAAAAAAGGGAGAGGUGACAGUUCUCUAUAUAUUUUUAAGCAAGUCCUAUUCCCUUGCUCUGGAACACUGCCAGCUAGAAUGUUUUGGGAACAUACACGGUUUAGAUUCUUUUUUUAAAGGUGAUUUUUGUUGUUGUUGUUAUUUUAUUUCUCUCCAAACACUUUAGUAAGAGACUGUGUAAAGUUUUA